CAGCACAGCCUUCAAGCCACAUUCCCCCAACUCUAUUUGAGGUUUCCUUUUCAAUAGGAACACAAGGUUUCGAUAUCUUCAAGAAACAAACCGAAAACUACCGGGAACGAACACACAAAGUCACCUGCGGAAAAUGAACACCAUGUGGAGGAAAAAGUACUACGAGCACCCGCGUCGGCUGGCACUCGCUGCCAUCGCCAAGGAGACAGAGACGAUGACCCCAACCAUUUCAUCGGCACUUCCGCAUUUGAACACAACACAAUCUGAGAAAAUGGACCUUGGGACCCUGCCACCCCUGGACGCUGCAAGAUGCCCACGCUUCAAAGCCACCACCCAAACGCGCGUCUUCAACCAAGACACCUUCGACGCCGCCAUCGCCAUGCCCUCGUCCGUGCUCAACAUCCCAUCGGAUCCGGACAAAGCCACCUCAACCGUCGAAAAGGACAAGGAAAUUCUCGCCCGCCUCCAGUCCGCCGCCGCAUCCCCAGAGAACCUCAACCCGUCCACGGCACCCCGCAUCGCCGUGCUAAACAUGGCGUCCGAGCGCAAUCCAGGCGGCGGCUGGCUCAAGGGCGCGUCCGCGCAGGAAGAGGCCCUGUGCUUCCGCAGCACGCUGGCCGCGUCUCUGCACCGGACCCUGUACCCCAUCCCGCGCAGGACGGGGCUGUACUCGCGCGACGUGGCAAUCUUUCGCGGGUCUGUAAGCGACGGGCACAAGCUGAUGGUUCCUGAGAUGGAUCCGGCGUCCCUUCCCGUUGUGAGCGCGCUGAGUGUGGCGGGAAUACGGCGGCCGGAGGUGAAGGCUGAGGGGGAGGUGGCGGUUGAGGCGGCUGAGGGGGAGGGAGCUGGCAAGACUGAGGAUCCGAAGCAAGAGGCAGCUGCAGGCGCCGACUCGGAUAACGGAGUGCCCGAGAAGCAACGGAAGCAUGGCAGGCCGAAGGGCAAGGACAGGACGGAAGCUCCCAAGGGACCCUCCGUAUUUGCCGACCCUGCUGAUCGGGAACUCACUAAAGACAAGAUGCGGUUGUGCCUGCGCAUGGCCGGGACCAAGGGCCACACCAUGCUCGUCCUCGGGGCGAUCGGUUGCGGUGCAUUCCAGAACCCGCCGCAGGAAGUUGCCAAGUGCUGGCAGGAGGUGCUGAGCGAGACCGAGUUUGCGGGCGGCUGGUUCAAGGAGAUCUGGUUCGCUGUCUAUGACCGCAGGAACGAGGGCAACUAUGAAAUCUUCAAGGAGGCGUUUGACGGGAAGGUUAUUGGCGAGGUGCAGCUUUCCUCCACCUCAGCGGAGAGCUAGGGGUCGUUAUGAGAGCCUGCUCACCACGGUGAGAGCUGCCAAGGCGGGCUUCGGAUUCGUGUUCUUAGCCUUCUCUUUCGGAAUGCCAACUCGGAGAACCUCCAUCAGGGGAAGGUACUCUUUCCGCUCGACGGCGUCCACCCACUGCUCAAUGCGCCGAAGGUAGAAGCCGGAGCCGCAUCGUGAUACCGCGCCGAGGAAGUCCACCUUCAACGCGCUUUCCUCGACCUCCACGUCCCACUCCGGCCGGAGCUGCUGCAUGCGUGCCGCGUACACCUUGCGAAGCUGCGUCUGCUCGUAUUCCAUCAGGUGGAUCCAGUAGAGCUCGGUCUUGCCCUCGUUGUCGAGGCUGUCGUCGAAGUCGUCGCUGCCGGAGGCAUCGCGGCCCUUGUCGACGUCCGUGUAGCGGUCACGGUCCGGCUUUGUUUCCCUUACUGCACCUCGCAGAAACUCGGGUACUUGGGACGCCACCCAUC